GACCUACCCUAACCAUCAGGAGGGAAGGGCGUGGCUUGGCGUCCCCUCCCUAUUUGGGGGUUUACGGUUUGCUAGGGGGGCAGCCUGCAGCGGGUCUCUGGGUCCGCAGGGUCCUCCCAGAGGAGGCACUAUGGAGCGCUCCCCGGGAGAUCGCCCCAGCCCCAGCGCCCAGGACCAGCCCUCGGCUCCCUCCGACCCCCCGGGCCAGCCCCCGCCUGCGCACCCGAAGCCGGACCUGAGUUCUGGAGACCAGCCCGCCGGCCCAAGCGCGGCGGGCGAGGCCCUGGCGGUGCUGACUUCGUUCGGGCGGCGGCUGCUGGUGCUGGUGCCGGUGUACCUGGCGGGGGCCAUGGGGCUCAGCGUGGGCUUCGUGCUCUUCGGCCUCGCCCUCUACCUGGGCUGGCGCCGCGUCCGCGACGGGAAAGAACGGAGCCUGCGGGUGGCGCGGCAGCUGCUGGACGACGAGGAGCGGCUCACGGCGGAAACGCUGUACAUGAGCCAUCGGGAGCUCCCUGCCUGGGUCAGCUUCCCAGAUGUGGAAAAGGUUGAAUGGCUAAAUAAGAUUGUGGCCCAGGUCUGGCCCUUCCUGGGACAGUAUAUGGAGAAGCUGUUGGCUGAAACUGUGGCCCCAUCUGUUCGAGGAUCUAACCCUCAUCUACAAACAUUUACAUUUACCCGAGUGGAACUGGGUGAAAAGCCAUUGCGCAUCCUAGGAGUCAAAGUUCAUCCUGGUCAGAACAAACAACAGAUCCUGCUGGACUUGAACAUCAGCUACGUGGGCGAUAUACAGAUUGAUGUGGAAGUGAAGAAAUAUUUCUGCAAAGCAGGAGUCAAGGGCAUGCAGCUUCAUGGUGUCUUGCGGGUGAUUCUUGAGCCGCUCAUAGGAGACCUUCCGAUUGUGGGGGCUGUGUCAAUGUUCUUUAUUCGACGCCCGACCCUAGAUAUCAACUGGACAGGGAUGACCAACCUGUUGGACAUCCCAGGACUCAGCUCGCUCUCUGACACCAUGAUCAUGGACUCCAUCGCCGCCUUCCUGGUAUUGCCCAACCGAUUACUGGUGCCCCUGGUGCCUGACCUUCAUGAUGUGGCCCAGCUGCGCUCCCCUCUUCCCAGGGGCAUUAUUCGGAUUCACCUGCUGGCUGCUCGAGGAUUAAGCUCCAAGGACAAAUAUGUGAAGGGCCUGAUUGAGGGCAAGUCAGACCCCUAUGCAAUUGUGCGAGUGGGCACCCAGACAUUCUGCAGUCGUGUCAUCGACGAGGAGCUCAACCCCCAGUGGGGAGAGACUUACGAGGUGAUGGUACAUGAGGUCCCAGGCCAGGAGGUGGAGGUGGAGGUGUUUGACAAGGACCCAGACAAAGAUGACUUUCUGGGCAGAAUGAAGCUGGAUGUAGGGAAGGUGUUACAGGCUGGAGUCCUGGAUGAGUGGUUCCCGCUACAAGGCGGGCAAGGCCAAGUUCACUUAAAGCUAGAAUGGCUGUCGCUCUUGCCAGAUGCAGAAAAACUGGAGCAGGUUCUGCAGUGGAAUCGAGGCGUCUCCUCCCGACCAGAGCCCCCAUCGGCUGCCAUCUUAGUUGUCUACCUGGAUCGGGCCCAGGAUCUCCCUCUGAAGAAGGGGAACAAAGAACCCAGCCCCAUGGUACAACUGUCAGUUCAGGACGUGACCCGGGAGAGCAAGGCUGUCUACAACAACAACUGCCCGGUAUGGGAGGAGGCCUUCCGGUUCUUCCUGCAAGACCCUCAAAGCCAGGAGCUCGAUGUCCAGGUGAAGGACGACUCCAGGGCCCUGACUUUAGGGGCACUGACGCUGCCUCUGGCUCGCCUGCUGACUGCCUCCGAACUCACCCUGGACCAGUGGUUCCAGCUCAGCAGCUCUGGCCCAAACUCCAGGCUCUACAUGAAACUGGUUAUGAGGAUCUUGUACUUGGAUUCAUCAGAAGUGCGCUUCCCCGCUGUGCCUGGUGCUCCUGGCGCUUCAGACCUGGACAGUGAGAGCCCCCAGACAGGCAGCAGUGUGGAUGCCCCACCUCGACCCCAGCACACGACUCCUGACAGUCACUUUGGGACUGAGAAUGUUCUUCGGAUCCAUGUGUUAGAGGCCCAGGACCUGAUCGCCAAAGACCGUUUCUUGGGAGGAUUAGUGAAGGGCAAGUCGGACCCCUAUGUCAAACUAAAGCUGGCGGGACGGAGCUUCCGGAGCCGUGUUGUUCGGGAGGAUCUCAAUCCCCGCUGGAACGAGGUUUUUGAGGUGAUUGUCACAUCAAUUCCAGGCCAGGAGCUCGGGGUUGAGGUUUUUGACAAGGACCUGGACAAGGAUGACUUUCUGGGCAGGUGUAAAGUGAGCCUCACCGCAGUCCUCAACAGCGGCUUCCUCGAUGAGUGGCUGACCCUGGAGGACGUCCCGUCUGGCCGCCUGCACUUGCGUCUGGAGCGCCUGACGCCCCGCCCCACUGCUGCUGAGUUAGAGGAGGUGCUGCAGGUGAACAGUCUGAUCCAGACUCAGAAAAGUGGAGAACUGGCAGCAGCCCUGCUGUCCGUCUACGUGGAGCGGGCAGAGGACCUUCCGCUCCGGAAAGGCACCAAACCUCCCAGCCCUUAUGCUACUAUCGCUGUGGGAGAUACUUCUCAUAAAACUAAGACUGUUUCCCAAACCUCAGCCCCCAUCUGGGACGAGUGUGCCUCCUUUCUCAUCAGGAAACCAAGCACUGAGAGCCUGGAGUUGCAGGUUCGGGGUGAGGGGACCGGUGCAUUGGGCUCCUUAUCCCUGCCCCUCUCGGAGCUCCUGGGGGCUGACCAGCUCUGCGUGGACCGCUGGUUUACACUCAACAACGGUCAAGGGCAGGUGCUACUGAGAGCACAGCUGGGGAUCCUGGUGUCCCAGCACUCAGGAGUGGAAGCUCAUAGCCACAGCCAUAGCCACAGCUCCUCAUCUGUGAGUGAAGAGCUGGAGCCCUGGGGGGGCCUGCCUCCCACCACCUCCUCAGCCCCCGAGCUCCGGCAGCGCCUGACCCACGGUGACAGUCCCCGCGAGGCCCCAGCCGGGCCUCUGGGCCAGGUGAGACUAACUGUUUGGUACUACAGUGAAGAACGAAAGCUGAUCAGCAUCGUUCACAGUUGCCGGUCCCUUCGCCAGAAUGGACGGGACCCCCCUGACCCCUACGUGUCACUGUUGCUACACCCAGACAAGAACCGGGGCACCAAGAGGAAGACCUCUCAGAAGAAGAGGACCCUAAAUCCUGAAUUCAAUGAACGGUUCGAAUGGGAACUGCCCCUGGAUGAGGCCCUCCGGCGAAAGCUGGAUGUCUCUGUGAAGUCUAAUUCUUCCUUCAUGUCAAGAGAGCGUGAGCUGCUGGGAAAGGUGCAGUUGGACCUCGCUGAGACAGACCUAUCCCAGGGUGCGGCCCAGUGGUAUGACCUCCUGGAUGACAAGGACAAAGGCAGCUCCUAGGAGCAGGGGAUUAACAGCCUCACUGCUGUCUCUGCCUUGCCUCCCGCCGCAUCACCGCCUCAAUGUGAUGAGCCAAAAGCUAGGGUCUGAGGCAGAGCCUGUGCCCCUCGGCCGUCUUACCUCCCAGGCCCUUGCUAGGGCCUUUGCCUGACCAAAGAGGGGAACCAUAUGUUACCCUUUCUUUACUGCACGGCCUUUAUCCUUCUGGGCUCCUGAGGCAGGGACCUGAGCUGGCUAUUUCCUGCUCUGCCUGCAAAGUCUCCUCUCCGCCCAGCUCCUCAGGGCCUUCUGUACCUGUGCCUGGCCACUGGCAGCGCUAGCGGUGGCAUUAGCUUAUGCCAAAUACAUUUUCAGAAAGACCUUUCAAUUGAAUGGUCACCUUCCCUGUUGUCAGCAGGGAGGGAAAACACAUGGGUAGCAAAGUGGAUAGGCUGACCUCUCAAGCUCUGAGCCUCUUGGACCACUGCAUGUAGCGAAUGGACAGCAGCCCAGUCCCGUGUGCAUUUCUGUCCCCACUUCCCUCAAGCCUGUCCUGAAAACUACACCUGCUGCGAUGACUGGGGCCAGCCAGUCUCCUGACUCCACUUGGGAACUGGGAACGCUUGGAUUCUACCCAAGCCUUCAGGUAGCAGGUAGCACUCUGGGAGCCUCUAGCAGAGGGCCUUGGCGGACUCAGAACAGCAGGGCCAAUUUUUUUCCUAGAUGCCUAGGCUGUUGACUCUCUGACUAGAAUCGAAUCUCGUCAUUUUGCACCAGCUCUGCCAACUCACUGUAUCUCAUUAAACAUUUAUAUUCAA